AUGUUGAAGUGUGGAAUGAACGGCAGUCAAGUGAAAGUAUUUCGGAAAGCCAUCCAAGCUCUAUCACGAAUUAGUGACGAGUUGUGGCUAGACCCGUCUGAAAAAGGUCUUGCUCUCAGAUCUGUGAAUUCUUGUCGAUCAGCAUAUGGAUGCGUACUCUUCUCUUCUUUAUAUUUUCAAUACUAUCAUUGGUCAAGUCCAGUGGAAAUAAAUGAUAAAGACACAACAUCAAAUUUGAACUGCCAAUUGGCAAUGAAGUCAAUUCUGCCAAUCUUUAGAUGUCUGAAUUCCCUGGAAAGAAAUGUAGAGAAGUGCAAAAUAGUCACCAGACCUGAGAAAUCCAAAGUAGUUAUUCAGUUCUUCUGCAGACAUGGUAUUAAGAGAACUUACAACAUGUGUUUUCAAGAAAGUCAGCCUUUGCAAGUGAUUUUUGAGAAGAAUAGGUGUACUAAUAUACUAACGAUGCGUCCAAGACUGCUUGCAGAAGCCAUUGUUCUUUUUACAUCAAAUCAAGAGGAAGUUACUCUGGCUGUUACUCCCCUAAAGGUUUGCCUCAAGAGUUCCAGUGGGGAGUCAAUGGAUUUGACUAAUUCUGUGUACAGUGAGAUGUUUGUUGGCCCAGAUGAGUUUGAUUUCUUUCAAAUUGGAGUUGAAACUGAGGUAACAUUUUGUGUCAAAGAACUGAAGGGAAUGCUAAUGUUUUCAGAAGCUAUACAUGCUCCUAUAUCCGUUUAUUUUGAUUUUCCUGGAAAACCUGUGGCUCUAAGUAUUGAUGACAUGUUACUGGAAGCCAACUUUAUUUUGGCUACAUUAGUCGACGUACCAAGCAGGACAUCUUCGCCACAGUCUCUGUGUCUUUCACAAAAUCUAAAAAGGUCAGACGUAACCUGGAAAAAUGCACAGGCUAGAAAAAACGGGACCAACAAGGCCCCCGAAUGCAUCGCAAGAAAAGUAGCAGCCAAAAGGCCCCAUCCCCAUCCUACUGAGGCUCCCGUUAACAACCCUGCAUGGCAGAGUCGUGGCAGCCCUAAAAUGAAAAGAGCAGAUGCAGACAUCAGUGAAGUUCCGGAAAGUAGUGUCAGCAACAUGGAAGGGGCACCAGGGCCCCCUUACCUCAAGAAGUUUUCUUCCAUGUUCUUUGGAGCCGUUUCUUCUGAUCAGCAAGAACACUUCAAUGGUCCUUCCGACAGGCUGGCAAAUGACAGUCAGGAGGACAUGAAUGACAGCAGUUUCUCUAUUCUUUAA